GUCGGGGAAGCGAGCCGACGUUCAGCCUUUUUCUCUCGCGAGGAAGGACGCCGUUAUCGGAAUCCCUACAAACAACACGAGAAUUCAUCAUUCACACGGCCCUGUCCAGAAACACCCCCUACACUCUGAACACUUCUGGAGAUUUGAGAGGGUUGAACAGGUCUGAGUGAUGUCGGACCAAGAUUUGGCAGAGAUGGUACAGAUAGCAGUGGAGGACUUGGGCCAAGGCGACCAGACUGAUGUUUUGGACAAUCAGGAAGAUUGUGAUGACAAGCCUGACAGGAAAAGGCCAAGGGUGGACAACAGCUCCCAGGACGCAUCUCUAAAGACCUUGUUGUACUCCAUUAGCCAGACGAUCUGCCAGCGUCUGGACAACAUGGAGGCCAAGCUGCAGGUGGUGGAGGCGACGUGCCGGGCCCUGGAGAGGAAGCUGGAUGCUGUGGUCAACAAGAACCAGGCGCCCAUCCAGGUCCCCAUGGUGGCCGGCUCCCCUCUGGGUGCCACCCAGACCUGGAAUAAAGUGCGUUGUGUUGUUCCACAGACCAAUGUGAUAGUGAGCCAAGACCGACCGAAGGGCCAGGAUGAGCCAGUAACUCGAGGGGCAGAUUCCCUGGAGAACCUCCUCAGCAACACGGUGGGCGGGCGGAGGCAGAACACGUUCCUGGUGAAGGUGCCGGCACCGGAGGACAGCCAGGAGGACCAGGAGAGCGGCUCAGAGGCCAGUGACUCUGUGUCCAACAGCGGCCAGACCAACAACGCCCAGAGCACCCAGAACGUCACCCUCAUCACCCUCAACUCAGAGGAUGACUACCCAGCAGGUACGUGGCUUGGCGACGAGAACAAUGCAGAGAUGCGCGUGCGCUGCCCGGUGUCGCCGGGCGACAUGCUCCACAUCAGCACCAACUGCCGCACGGCAGAGAAGAUGGCACUGACACUGCUGGACUACCUAUUCCACCGCGAGGUGCAGGCUAUCUCCAACCUUUCGGGCCAGGGCAAGCACGGCAAGAAGCAGCUGGACCCACUCAUGAUCUACGGCGUGCGCUGUCACCUGUUCUAUAAGUUUGGCAUCACUGAGUCAGAUUGGUACCGUAUCAAGCAGAGCAUCGACUCCAAGUGUCGCACUGCGUGGAGACGCAAGCAGCGUGGCCAGAGUCUGGCGGUCAAGAGCUUCUCCAGACGUAGCGCCAACGCACCGGGAAGCUCAGAGGGUGGCGCUGUGGUGGAGGCAGCCCAGCAGACUCUACACUACACCCUGGCCAACCAGGCUGUCCAGCAGGUCCAGAUCCACCGCAUAGGAGAGGACGGACAGGUGCAAGUGAUCCCUCAGGGACAUCUCCACAUUGCCCAGGUGCCACAGGGGGAAGAGGUGCAGAUCACACAGGACAGUGAGGGGAACCUUCAGAUUCACCAGGUGCAUGUUGGGCAGGAUGGACAGGUGCUGCGUGGGGCCCAGCUGAUAGCGGUGGCGUCAGCUGACGGGGGGGCCACAGCAGUGGAGGGCUCCCCCCUACAGGCCAGUGACAUACAGGUGCAGUAUGUCCAACUGGCCCAAGUCAACGACCACACCGCUACUGUACAGGCGGCAGAGCUGGCCCCAGCAAUGCAGGGUGAGAUGGAGGUGAAGGAGGGAUCUCUACAUCUGCCAGCGGGGGAGAACGGGGAGGUGGUGCAGAUCGUCACCUCUGUGGGGACAUAAGGGACAGAGGGGCCUCGAGACAGAGAGAGAGAUGGCCAGCACCCUUCGACAGAGUUACAGAGGUGUAGGUGGAAGGGAUGGAGAAGUGGGGGUGGUCCAUAGACAGACCCUUAAAUAUACAAUUAAAUAAAUAAGAGAAAGUUAGAAAAUGUCAAAAGAACAACAGAAGAGAUCAAGAGAAGUGGUUUUGUUAUUUUCUAUUGACUUGGUCCAGCAACCACUCGUUCAUUGUCAACCAACAGUAUGGAAAUGUCCAUAGAGCACACAGGCUUUCAUAGCUUCUAUCAAGAACUAGUUAACUCACAUUGUCAUCAUCAGAAGAGGACCAGAAGGCCUGGGCACAGUGCAAGGGAUUAAACCCUACCCAUAAAGGAUGCUGCUCAGGCAGACCAUCACUAUCUACACCUCAGCAUCAGCGUGAAAUGUUUACAUUAACUCUGGAAAAGCAUGGAGCUAUUAGAAGUUAAGCCACUUGGCUCAAUAUCCCUCUCUUGAGGGGUUACAGUAGGCUAGGCUAACCCCCUGGACCCGUACUUCACACAACCAAUACUGUACUGUUCUCCUCUCUAGCAUCCUGCAAUCGUGUCAUGCUGGACUGCUGUGGAAAGUAAUAGAAGCCUAACGGUACUUACUAAUGGUUGCUUUUUCUUUCUCUCUGUUUGUACAUCAUUUCUGGGAUGGACCCUUACUUUCUUCGCCAUUUUUUCCUAGCUUUUUCUUCAUAUUGGUUAACCCACAUAGUUUUGUUUGUUUGUUCCAUGUACAUAAUUGUACCACGUCUAAAUGUUUGCGGAGCUUUGGUUGGAAGUAGAUAACCACGAAAUAGCAAAGAUGAUGUUCAUGAUAAUACAUGACAAUGAGUUACAUGUAGGGUAGCCAGAAUUUUUGUUUUUCCUGCUGUAUUUCUGUGAAGGAUACAUUCGUGUGAAUAAAAUGUUUUGUGGUUGCCACAAAUGUGUGUUUUGCUCUUGCAUUUCAAUGGUAUUUUCAUCUCCUCUCCAUAGACAGUGGUCGACAAACUCCAAAAUAUGCUCCAAAAUGUUCAAGAUGUUGACUUUGACAUGUAUUUUUGAAUCCUCUAGUACAGAAAUAUCCUUCUGUGGAGAUGUUGAGAGAGUAAGGGGUAACAUGUUAUUACAUUAGCUUCACAUGAAAAUGUGUUUUUAGAACACUUCACAUGUGAUCACGUGAAAUUCAUGUGUUUUUUUUCGUAAGAGUGUUAUGUAACGUACUUGGGUGUUUGGGUCUAUGGUGUGUGAUGGUAUGCUAUUGCUGUGCUAUUUUAGAGCUAGUCUGUGUUAUGCCAUUUCAAUUUGCGAUUGAGUUCGAUAAUGUUGUGCAAUACUGUUUUAACAGUGUUCAAUGUGCUCAAAAGGCCUAUCCUCUCUAAGAGGGAAGACGAACCAUCACAAAUGACGGCUGUCUGCAAGCGAGUAGCCGUCCUAUCGCCUCUGACCACAGAACAUCAGCCAUUAUUUUCUAUGAAUUACCUAACAAUUCUACAUUUUGAAUGGCCACUGUUUUACCGAACAUAUGGGAGCAUUUAUAACUAAGAGCUCUUGAUGAAUUGCUCUAGCUGUGAUCUACUGCACAUGGCUGAUGCUGGUGUUGAUCUGUCUACCAUCUAGUGCAAUGCAGGUAAACAAACAGUAUCUAUGUGUUGUAACGCUACAAAGAACCAUGAUACACUGAUAAAGAUUGCUAGCGUUAGACAUGCUCAGGGUGGAAUAUACCUGGGGCGGCAGGUAGCCUAGUGGUAGAGCGUCGGGACAGUUAGCAAAAGGUCGCUGGUUCGAAUUCCCGAGCCAACUAGGUGAAAAAUCUGUUGUGCCCUUAAUUGCUCCUGUAUGUCUCUCUGGAUAAGAGUGCACUAAAUUACUCAAAUGUACACAUUCAGUGGAGUAACAUUACUGGAUAGCUUGUGUUAUCUGAUGUAAAUUUCUACACUUUGUCAGCUCAAAUAGAUUAAUUCUACUGAUAAUGUAUUCACUAAUUUCCUACCUUCAAAGCAUUCACUUUCUCUGAGUGUGCAUGCAUACAACAUUUAUGUGUAAGGAACAAUUCUGUUCCAGUGAUGAAUAUCUAAGAGGAGAUAAAUGGAGCUCUUCGGAAAACAUUUUUGUGCUUCAGGGAGAUUUCCCACGCACAGUGUGAUGUAAUGGUGUAUUUUGGAGCGACAGCAAGAACCAGUCGUACUCGGAGAGCAGAACUUGAUAAAAACAUCUCUCCACUGUU